CAGAUGCUUUUUGAGGGCCUCCAUGUACCAGGUCACUGGAACAUUGCUGCACAAGACAGAUCCACGCCCGCGUGGAGCUUACAUUCUAUGGCUGAAAUAGCUAAGAGGCUGAGUGACUGGAACAGAGGAGUUAAAAUGUUAACGGAAUGACUCUGGCUGCUGUGUUGAGAAGAGACUGAAGCAGGGAGCUACUGCAAUAAUCCAGCUGAGUGAGGAGUUGGAUCAGGUGGUUGAGAACUCAGAGCAGGCGGACGAGCGGGAAAAGGAGACAGUCAAAGUCCAGGGUCCGGGGAUCUUACCAGCCCUGGACAGCGAGUCCGCCUCGAGCAGCAUCCGCUUCAGCAAGGCCUGCCUGAAAAACGUCUUCUCAGUCCUGCUCAUCUUCAUUUAUCUGCUCCUCAUGGCCGUGGCCGUCUUCCUAGUCUACCAGACCAUCACAGACUUCCGUGAGAAACUCAAGCACCCAGUCAUGUCGGUGUCAUACAAGGAGGUGGACCGCUACGACGCCCCAGGCAUUGCCCUAUACCCCGGUCAGGCCCAGCUGCUCAGCUGUAAGCACCAUUACGAGGUCAUUCCACCUCUGAGGAGCCCCGGCCAGCCAGGAGACUUGAACUGCACCACCCAGAGGAUCAACUACACGGACCCUUUCUCCAAUCAGACUCUGAAAUCUGCCCUGAUUGUGCAGGGGCCCCGGGAAGUGAAGAAGCGGGAGCUGGUCUUCCUCCAGUUUCGCCUGAACCAGAGCCGCGAGGACUUCAGUGCCAUCGAUUACCUCCUCUUCUCGUCCUUCCAGGAGUUCCUGCAAAGCCCAGACAGGGUAGGCUUCAUGCAGGCCUGCGAGAGUGCCUAUUCCAGCUGGAAGUUCUCGGGGGGCUUUCGCACCUGGGUCAAGAUGUCCCUGGUGAAGACCAAGGAGGAGGAUGGGCGGGAGGCGGUGGAGUUCCGGCAGGAGACCAGCGUGGUUAACUACAUUGACCAGAGGCCAGCAGCUGAAAAAAGUGCUCAGUUGUUCUUUGUGGUCUUUGAAUGGAAAGACCCUUUUAUCCAGAAGGUUCAAGACAUCAUCACCGCCAAUCCUUGGAACACAAUCGCUCUUCUCUGUGGAGCUUUCUUGGCGUUAUUUAAAGCCGCAGAGUUUGCCAAACUGAGUGUGAAAUGGAUGAUCAAGAUUAGGAAGAGAUACCUUAAAAAAAGAGGUCAGGCAACAAACCACAUAAGCUGAAGUCGGCUGUGUUGUUCAUCAAACUGUCUGAAUUAAUGGAAGUUCUCAUCGCUUCCAUUUUGGUAAACCCGGCUGCCAGCAAUCCUGUCCUCUACUUGAAGAAAUGGGCCUUGCUGGGAGACUGGCCUGUGACAUUGCAGCUUCUAACCUGGCCCCAAAAGAGACUGUUGGAACAGAUCCAAUGGAUAACCUAAACGUUAUUUAAGUAUUUAAAUUAUUAAUGAACGUUUUAAGACAUAUGACAUGAAUAGGGUUUGUGGAAGAUGGAAUUAGAUAUACAUCAAGUCUUCUGAAGGUUUGUGGAAGAUGCCUUUCUUCUUCCUUGGUUUGGUGUAUAGUUAAGGUCUAACAGGAUAAUUAAGACCCUCACCUUAGGUUUUUCUCUUGAGGUUUUUAAAAUGGACAGAAGAGAAUGUGAUUUUCACCCCCUGCCCUGCCCCGUGCUGACGCUCCAGACGUGGAGGUAACGCUGUGAAACGGGUGCACUGUGCACAAGGAAGGCAAGCCCCUCGUGUCUCCGGUGCCAUCUGCUAGCCUCUGACAUGCUCUUUUGUUCAUUAAAUAUGAAAUGGGACUUUUUUUUUAAACCUAGUUAAUUAGGUUUCUCGUAGACUGACUAGCCGCCUGCAUGUCUGGCUAGAAUAUGUGUUGAUACAGGUAUGAGUGUGGGGUGAUUAGCAUGCAAAAGCCCUAGGAUGUAUGUACAUAGUAGGUGCCUACUCAGUGUAUUUUGACUAUUUCAUUUAACAGGUAAAUAAAAGUUAGAUUCAUACAAAAGGAA